AUGACGAAUGCAAUGCGGAUCCGGGUCAGAGGCCCUCAAGGCGCGGCAACGAUAUCGCUUGAUGGUACCGCCACAUGGCAGGACCUCCUGAACCAGAUCUCAGAGAAGACCGGAGUCAACGGAGACUUCGAUCUGAAACUCGGCUACCCUCCACAACCUCUGAACACCGAGUCAAUCGACGGCGCGAUGAAGCUCGACGACCUACCGCACAAGCUCAACGGGGAGCAACUUACAGUCAUGCCCCGAGACAUCAAUAACAAGCUCUCGAAUCCAACAUCAGACUCGAAACCACCAGCGCAGGCCGUCAAACCUCUUCCACCAAAAGAUCUCACCUCGCCACCCGCUCACCAACAAGGCGAUUUCCCCGACCAGCAGCCAUUAGGACUGACGCGCAAACCAAAAGGCAACGUCGAGAGCGAUCCACCUGAAGUGCCGGUACCGAUGCUGGAGGGCGUGAUGAUUCUCCGUGUUAUGCCAGAUGAUAAUUCCUGCAUGUUCCGUGCCCUAUCCUCAGCAGUCCUCGGCUCCACUCUCGACGGCAUGACGGAGCUUCGAAGCGUCGUCGCCCAAACGAUCCAAGCCAAUCCAGAUCUCUACACCAAAGGCAUGCUCGAGAAGGAACCAUCAUCCUACUGCCAAUGGAUCCAACGCGAAGACAGUUGGGGAGGAGGUAUCGAGCUUUCGAUUCUAAGUCAACACUUCAACAUCGAAAUCUGCAGCAUCAACGUGCAAGACCUCCGCAUCGACAGGUUCAACGAAGGACAGCCGACGCGUUGCAUCCUCGUCUAUUCCGGCAUCCACUACGAUGUCUGCGCCGUCACACCGUACACAGGAUCAGAUCCGGAGUUCGAUCGUAAAGUGUUCGACGUCAUCAAGGCAGCGGAGGAAGAAAUGGACGGCGGUGCAUUGGAGGCAGCGAGGGAGCUGUGCAAGGUGUUGCAAGGCAGGCAUUACUUCACCGACACGCACGGUUUCACGGUAAAGUGCAACCAGUGCAAGCAAACUGGUACCGGAGAGCAAUGGGCAUUGCAGCAUGCGAAGAGUACCGGUCACAGCGACUUUGGGGAAGGAGAGUGA